UCUAAGCGAUAAUCUCACCACCGCUCUACAUGUCUUUCAACCCUGACGUUGGCGAAAUCGUCGCGCAAAACGACGGAGCCAUAGAUACAAAAGUUGAAGUUGAAUUUGACUACUAUAUCUAUAACACAGAAAGAUAUAGUAGGGAUUAAAUAGUAUUAGUUUGUGUCGUGCACUUUCUGUGAUUUUGAUGAAUAUAAAAUAUUUUUCAUAUAGUAAAGUAAUGCACUUCUGAAUUUAAUUCUAAUACCAGUUGAUAACCUGUACAAUGUUACCUAGCUUCAGAAGAGCUCCUACUGUUAUAUCUAACCUAUCAGAGAGAGUCAAAUUUCCCGAAAAAUUUAAAGGUACUAUGAUUGAAAAAUGGGCCAAUUACUGGAAGAAUUUGAUGGUAGACUAUCGCCAAAUGCUAAUGGACUUACGGACGGAUAUUCAAGAUGAGCCUCGAAAAGCGUUUAUUUGGACAACUGGACUAAUUGCUGUGUAUUUUCUGCAUAAAAACAAUCCUAGUGAAUUAGAUUUCAAGGACGCUUUGAAGAGGGUGGACAACGAAGUAGUCCUGGUCACAGCAGAUUGCCAAAAUCCUAAAUCCAGUGAACAUUUACGUUACCUAGAUACCUGUUACAAUCAAGGUCUUCUUCACUAUAGAAACUUAGGCAUUCUAUCACUCAUGUACACAUCGGAUGACAGUUCUUCAUGUGAUCUGUAUAGAGCACAAUGUAAAUAUUUACAACCAACCAUGCUUAGCUUUCCUUCACGGAUUGUCGAUGUAGGCUUUAUGGGGAGAUGGUGGAAUAUUUUCAUUAAAACUAAUAACUAUGAUGUCAAUAUUUAAGAAUUUGCUAAAAAUAACUGUUAUUAGAAUAUCUGACUGGCUUAGUUACCUGUUGAAUUGAAAUCAGUAGUUGUUAAUUCUUGUUAUUAAAUGAAUAAAACA